UACACAGAACAACAUCGCAAACAAUGGCCACUGAAGGCAUUCACAUAAACGACCUCCCACUGGAACCGCUGGAGCACAUCUUUGCCUUCCUACCGUUGGUUGAUCGCAAGUCCGCUUCGCUGGUGUGUCACUCGUGGAGCAAAAUAGCUUUCAGUCGUCGAUUUCUGAGCAACGUGGCGCUCAAUCUCCACAUGGGUUGGGACCGGUCCAGCCGCAACUACAUCCGCCGAAGCACCCGUCGAUAUCGUAACGUGGUCUAUCUGGAAACGCGCUGCAAGUACUGGUGGUUGAGCAUGAAAACGUGCAGCGAGUACUUCUUCGGAUUUAUCAUCGAAAUUAUGGACAAGUUCGGCGACGGUUUGGAGAGCCUGAACUGCAUGAUCAUUUUCACCCAGGAGCAACUGUGGAGCAUGAUCAUUCGAGCGCCAAAUCUAAGACAGUUGAACACCGCACUGGAUACGAACAUUAAUCAACGGGAGUUUCACUUCCCUAAAAUGAAAAAUCUGACAGAUUUGGGGUCGUUGUGCAAUUUGCUCCAGAGCCAGUGUCUUAAUGUGCCGAAUUUGACGAAACUGAGUGCUAACUACACUUAUCUGUCAGGUGAAACGGAAUGGACCACAGUUAUCCAAGAACUAUCUCCGCAAUUGAAAAGUUUGGAAUUGCGUUCCACGGAUUAUUUCAUCCCGAUCGAUACGUUCCAAUUUCCAAAAGUGGAAGUACUGGAAGUAGGUGGUAGGAUGUGCAGAGCGACCGAUCUUACGUUGACGAGGUUCUUUUCUGGGUUUACGUUGUUGAAAGAUGUAAAACUGGAUUUCGAUGUAAGUGAGUUAGUUCUUGAUAUAAUUACUCAGGCUUGCCCCGGAAUUGAGAAAUUCCAUUUCGAAAAAAGCCUUUUCAGUACAACAAAUUUGUCAAAAUCUUUAUCGUACUUGGGACGUCUGAAAGGAUUAAAGGUACUAAGUUUUGUCGGAGGAAUAAAUUCUCCAAUCACCUCGGAGUGCAAUCCACUGGCAAGUGUUAAACGAUUUUCCAUGAAAAUGUCAAACCGAAACGGAGAGGCAGACGUCAUUGAAGGAUUCCGCCAGCUGCUACCAAACGUGACCGAUAUGACUCUAACAGGGUGGCCAUCUUUCACCCCCGAGUGUGUGCUGGCCCAUGUUUGCAAAAGUUUUCCUAAUCUAAAACGAUUGACUAUUGCUAACAACAGAAAUACAAUGGAUAGUUGUCGACUUGUUGACCUUCGGCGCCUGGAACGGCUGGAAGAGCUCACCCUCAAGGACUUUCUGCUACCGGUGGUUUUCAUGCCGCCAAGCAUAUGCCUGAAGCGAUUGAAGUUCGCGGACUGUUACCGGGUCACUGAUGCGGAUCUGAUGCAGCUGGCGGCAUUGUAUCCAAACCUGAAAUAUCUUGAGUAUCUUACGCCGUCCAGAUGCGGAGAAGUGACGUCUUGCGGCAUAGACGGAUUCCGAUCGCGACUAGAGAACUGUGUGGUACACUGCGAUCAAUCAAGGCGGUAAAUCUCACGUUUGUUUUAAACGUUAAGAAAAGUAAGGACACAAUAUUGCAUAUAAUUCAAGAUAGUCGCUUCCCGAAUUGUAAAUUUAAUCUCUAUGUCCAUACGAUACAUUGUAAAAUAUCUACAUUUUAGUCAUAAUCUACACAAAAUAUCAAAAAGUCUAGUAUGGCAACACGGACACGGACCAUGUGAUAUUAAAAUGUGAGCAAUCGGAUAAUUUAAAAUCAACGCCAGGAAUGCAUAAUUUAAAUUAUCUGAUUUCAAUAAAGUGCUAAUCAAGUUAAAUGGCAUGAUCAAAUAACAAUCAUGAACCCACAAAUAUCGUUGCGUCAACAUUAUUCCUGUUGUUCGUUCGUAAACAGUCCCAAGCUUAGAAUAAACCGGUUGAAUCUAGAAUUGUGUCAUCCACACUGUCCCACACGGAUGAGCCGAGCAUGCAUUUCAUCCCAGAGUGCAUCCCAACCGCGAGUUCGGUGCAGAUGCUUAUGCAAUUUGUUUUCCUUUAGUCGACAAUAUUGCACUCGGCGUGGAUUUACAAAGUAGCAACAUCAACGGUGUUCUCUUCUUUAACCCUUUCGAGGAUGGUGGAUUUCUGUAGGAUUUAAAAAUUGUCAUAUUUGUAUAAAGUCAUGUGAUAAACGAGGUGAGGUACGAGCUGCCCAUAAACAAUCAUGAUUGAUAUGCUAAUCGGUUUUUGAAGGGACUUAUGACCCAGCUAGAAUGGCGUUUUGACUCAUGUUUUUGCCGCUGCGCUCACCAUCAUAGACGGGCCUUUAUCCAACAUCCAACGUCUUCCGGUCAGUAAUCCGGCCGCUAUGCGGUUCCUAUUGUUUUCUGCGUCUAAUAUUUACUCGUUUCCAUCGUAUGUGCAUUCGAUCUUUCCUCUAAUGACAUCCAGACCAGAUGCAUACUUAUAUACGACGGAACUAGCAAGUAAGUCCAGCAAGGUAACUUUAUUUUCUGUCGCACGAAAAAAAUGUAUCUUCGCCCGAUCUUUAAAUCCGCAAAAAAACCUGCACAAGAAGUCUUUUUUGGGAGUUUCGUAUUGGAAGAAAUGUGCCAUUCCUCUCUGUUUAAUGUACAAGUAGUUCGUAUACUUAUAUAUCCCAACAUAUAAACCAUAACAAUAAAUUAAGUUGCUAUAAAAUUAAAUAAAAAUUGAGAAAAUAAACUAG